CCUUUCAUCCACCCCGUGGACGUCGCCGCUGCCCCCACAACCAACAACAACGGCGUCGGGCCGCCAUCGGACAACCCGGUUUCAAUCCAAAUCCGAAACCCACCUUCAACGAGAACAAGGCCGAGAUCCUGAAGCUCCCCCACGCCCACGUCAAACCCAGUAUUUGUGUUUGGGGGUACAAUGGAAACUCCCAAUAGUAGUACCAACAGCAAGGGUGUGAAGGUAGAUUCAUACGAUUGGGAAUCCAAUUCCGACUCUUGUUCUAGUUCGGAAGAUUCGCAGAGUAAUACAUUUGUUUCUGAAGAUGAAGAUAAUGAUGUGGAUGGGGAAAAGGAAGAGGAAGGGUCAGUUUCCAUUGUAGAUGAUAGUUUUCGCUUGCUCACUGAUAUGGAGAUUAUGGAAAUGAAAUUUGUUUCUGAAGAUGAAGCUGGUCAAUUCUACAAUGCAUAUGCCAAGGCAAUUGGUUUUAGCGUACGCAAAUAUAAAAGUAAACCACAAAAAGGCAAUGAAAUGUACGUAAGGUGGAGGACUUGGGUUUGUUCUGGGGAAGGUAAAAGAAAUAAGAAGCAUUUAGAACGCACUGAUCGAAAACGACGUCAUAAAGCUGAAACAAGAACUGGUUGUGGUGCUAAAUUCCGGGUUUGUCGUAUGAGCAAAACCAUGAAAAAUUACGUUGUCACAGAGUUUGUGAGUACCCACAAUCAUCCCUUAGCAGCACCACAUUGUGUUCCCUUUCUGCGAUCGCAUAGACGUGUGGGUGAUGCAGACAUAGCUCAGGUAAUGGCCAUGCAGAAUGUAGGCAUGAAGCCAGCGCAAAUUAUGGACUAUAUGACAUGUCAGUCUGGGGGUUUCCAUAAUGUGGGGUUCACUGUAAAAGAUUUGCGUAACAAAUUGCAUAGCAUUCGUAAAGAAGAAAUAAGAAAUGGGGAUGCUGAGGGUGCAUUGGGAUACUUGUCUGCUCAAGUAAUUAAUGAUCCGUUAUUUUUCUUCAAGUACACUGUUGACGAGGAUGACCGGUUGGAGACACUUUUCUGGACAGAUGGGAGGUCUAAGAUGGAUUAUGCUGCAUUCGGAGAUGUGUUAGUUUUCGACACGACCUAUCGAACCAAUGCUUACAAGAAGCCAUUUGUCAUACUGGCAGGUGUGAGUAAUAACUUUACAACGACCAUAUUUGGUUGUGCGCUGUUGUCAAAGGAGACGGAGGAUACGUACAAUUGGGUUCUUUCAACGUUUUUAGAGGCUAUGGAUGGUAAACGGCCCAUCUCGGUGGUCACAGAUGGUGAUUUGGCGAUGCGCAAUGCAAUUAGAAACAUUUUUCCUGAUGUAAGGCAUCGCCUAUGUUCGUGGCAUCUGGAGCGAAAUGCCGCUAAAAAUGUUCACAUACCGGAAUUCGUAUCUGACUUUACCAUUUUGAUGCAAAUGGAAUGUGAUGUUGAAGAAUUUGAAACUCUUUGGGCUGAUAUGGUAUCACACUACGGCCUAGAGACAAACGCUUGGGUGGUAGAGAUGUAUAGCGACCGCGAAAGAUGGGCUGAGGCAUAUCUUCUCGGCCAUUUCUUUGCAGGGAUGAGGAGUACUCAGCGCUGUGAAGGUAUGAACCGUUAUUUAAAUCGGUUCUUAACAGUAAGGCUACGGCUUUUUGAAUUUGUCCAAUAGUACCACCGUGGUCUAGCUAGGAUGCGAGUUGCCGAUGCAAAGGCUGAGACGGCAACGGAGCAUAGUACCCCUGUCUUGAUCACGCAAUUGAAAAGCUUGGAGAAGAAUGGAACUGAGGUGUACACACAAUACAUAUUCAAAUUCUUUCA